CUUAAUAGGUACAAUGUUAUUACUUUUUUUAAUUUAUUGUAUAGGUAGUUCAUUAUGGUCAAUUGUUUUGUACCAAAUUGCAACCAUUACAGCGAAACAAAAGUAUGUAAUUUUUUUAGAUUUCCUGCGAAUAAAUUGUUGAAAUUAAAAUGGACACAAAAUAUAAGGAGGUCUGACAGAUGUCCAAGUGUGAACUCCCAAGUAUGUAGCUGUCAUUUUAUUGAUGGAUUAAAAGAAAAUAAUCCAACAAUAUUCAGUUGGAAUAAAGAAAAAAAAUUUUUGUUUGUUUCCCCAGAGAAAAAAAAUAAAAGGAAACCGAAACCUACCUCAAAAACAGUAGUUGCCAAUGAGGAAGAAUUACCUGAUUAA